GCCCCCCUCCUCGAGGCAGGCGGGCGCUGUAGCCAUGACGGCGCGCGGGACCCCGAGCCGCUUCCUGACCAGUGUCCUGCACAACGGGCUGGGUCGCUACGUGCAGCAGCUGCAGCGUCUCAGCUUCAGGCUCAGCCGCGACGGGCCCUCGUCCCGCGGCGCCAGGCUCCUUGGGUCCCUCAGGGAGUUCGUGGAACGGGAGGUAACUGACUUCGCCCGACGAAACCCAGGGGUCGUAAUAUACGUGAACUCGCGGCCGUGCUGUGUGCCCAGAGUAGUGGCCGAAUACCUUAACGGGGCGGUGCGCGAGGAGAGCAUCCACUGCAAAUCGGUCGAGGAGAUCGCGACGCUGGUGCAGAAGCUGGCUGACCAGUCGGGCCUGGACGUGAUCCGCAUUCGCAAGCCCUUCCACACAGACAGCCCUAGUAUCCAGGGUCAGUGGCACCCCUUCACCAACAAAGCGACAACAUUGGGCGGGCUGCGCCCCCGAGAGGUCCAGGAUCCUGCUGCAGCCCAGGUGCAAGCGCAGUGAAGACCUGCCCCACCAACUCCAAUCCCAGGCUUUGGGCUCUUAGCCUAGUGGAGGUGGUUCCUUCUCUUUUGGUUCAGGGGAUUCCAAGCCCAGCAGACAGAUGGAGCCUACCAAAGGGGAAGUUGACACCAAAGCUUUUGCUUGAGAUGAAGAAGAGCUUGCCUGUUUCUUUCCGCUGCCUACUGCAAAAGGCAGUGAUUUUGUAUCUCCUAAUUCUUACCCAGUUGACAUCCCUGAAACCUGAGAGUCUUCAAAGAUUUUACAGGGUCCUCAUUUCUGAAAUCCAAAUUGAUAAUAGUGAUCUCAGAUCACAGGGAGGGGUUUCAAGGAUGGCUUGUGAAGAAUCUGUUGAUAUACUAUUUUUGCAACCACUGAGCUAGAGAGAGCUAGCACUUCAUAGGCUGCUGUGAGCCUGGCAUUGGGUUAGGCGCUUUGUGUGAAUGUUUCUGUACUGAUUGGAAAACUGAGGUUAAUAAACUUGCCCAAGGUCA